ACCCUUUUUUAUUCUGACCCAUUUCUGGGCUAAACUUCUGAGCGUUCUCCUCACCUAGUGUGUUCUCAUGAUCAGGUGCCCCUACACCCUAAGAGACCCUGUGGACCCUCUUCCAACAGGAGCUGGCGUGAGGGGUGGUCAGUAUAACAGUUCCGAGGCAGAUGUGGGGGAGGUUUCUUCAAAUCCACCCAGGAAGGGAACAGCCUGUGGGCGUGGGUGAGCUGGGGCAAAGGCCCCAGCCAGCCUGGCGGCACAAACAGGAAGGACAGCAGGCUCUGGCAGCCAGAAGCCUGUGGCCCCAAGCUGGCAGGAUGGCCCCCUUCCUGCAGGUCCCCCAUAGCCUUCUGGGUUCCUGACACAGAGAAGAGGUGGGGCGGGCGAAGUGAGCUCUGAAGCCAGAGUGGUACUCUCCUGGGGUCUCUCCUUGGGAGGAGACAGAGAAAGAUGCCAGGGCAGAGACAAAAAGGCAGCUGUCACUAUGGUUGUCUUACUAAGCACCGAGUGACUAGAGAGGCAAGGGCACAGCUGCCCACUCCAUGGCCACCUCCUGUUGUAUCUCAAACCAGCUAGCUAGUUUCUGAUGGCACCCACACCCUCCCUUCCCCUUUACAUAUUGCGCAAGCUCUCCACCACAAUCUGGAGGUUAUGCCCUGCAUGGGGGUGGAGGGGAGUAGGGCACUUCUAAGGUGCCGAUCAGCCUGCAUUUGCCUCUGCCCUGGCCAUGGGACUGCUGUCCGUUUCUUGGUUCCUGUCUCAACAGCAGCCUCGUUACGUGAGACUAUGGCUGGGGAUGGGGGGGGCAGGAAUCCUGGAGGUCCAGGAGUGAACUAGGGUAGGACAGAUCGAAGUAUAAGGGACAGUCCCCAAAAGGAUGCUGGGGCAGGCUUGGCCAAGAGGUUCUUUCCUUUUAGAACGCCUGGUCUGGAACUCUGGGACGUGGACAAGCCAGGCUCCUAGUCCUGGUCAGCAGAGUAGGGGAUCUGGUGGGGCUGGAGGAAGCUUGGCUAAAGCUUUGUACAGGUUCCAGCUCUGGGUGACCCUGGCAGGCUACCUACCCUGGUCUGUGUCAUUGCACCCCCAGAGUGGGAGGCUUGGUAAAGUGGAGGAGAACCUUAGCUACAAGCUAUAGGUUAGCCCAUCAGAGCCAGCUGGAGAGAAACCAGACAAGUCCAAACCUGAGACUGGUACUAGCCUUUCUGUUGCUGGAGUGGAAGCCAACCCCUGCCUACCAGCCUGCCUGUCCACGUCAGGGACACACAGACUCCUUCCCUUUCCAGACUGGAAAGCCCCCUCCUGGGAUAGCAGGAAGGAGGCAACCUGCAACUCUUCCUGGCCUGGCCUUUGGGCUGAGCCUAUGGUUCAAGGUUUGUAUGUUCACAGGUCUAGGCAGGGAACAAUGUGCAUCUCCAGAGCUCCCCACCCCACAGUCCAUGGGGCAUGUGCUGAGGCCACAUCCGACUGUGAUGGGGCCCUUUUCUGAGGAUUACGAUUCUGUGAACAGGCAUUUUCUAGAGGUGGCAGAUGUCUGAGGGUCUGGGAGAACAGGUCCAGCUCAGUGGGGGAUUGGAGGAAAUGGGUAUCGUUACAGGCAGGGGCCUCUGUGGCCUCCUGGGGGAAGUGCAGUUGCUCUGUUUGGGUGCCCUGGGGUUGCAUGGUGGCCAGAGGAUGGAGACACUUAUUGAAGAGGGUCACUUCUGCUCAGUGCGUUCACACAGGGCCUUUGCUUUUCCUGAGGGUGAGCAGGCAUCCUCUUCCUCCUCAUCUUCUUCCUCCUUCCUCUCUUCUUCCUCUUUAUCCUCUUCUACCUCCCUCCUCCUCCUCCUUCUCCAUAUGUCUAGCUGGUCAUUUCUAGGGACCAGCAGGGUUGGGAAGGGGGCCUUGUCUUGGUCUUCUUCCUGUCUCAAUUCCCUCUUUCAGCAGAGAACGGGGCGGGUGGGGUGGGGUUGGAUGGUGGUUGAUGCCAAAGAUUGAAAGGGUAGGGUGGGGCAGAAGUGGGAAGGUCCCUGGCUUCCUCACCUUGGUCGAUGAAACAAAAGCAUCAGGCUGAGUUGAGCAGUAGCUGUGAUUUCAGGGUGCCUCUGUUGGAGAGGCUGCUGUGAUUUGAAAACCUCCUUUCCCUGGGUGACUAAUUCCAGAAGGCUCUGGAUGAAUUGUAUUGGGUGCAACCCCGUCUGGAGGCUGCGGGCCUGGGGGUGUCUGGCUGGAGGUACAACACUCAUGGUAAUCUGGCUCUUCUGGCUGCUGCGAUCAGUUCCUGGGGGUGCCCCAGCGCCCCAGCCCACACUCACCAUCCUUAUCUGGCACUGGCCUUUCACCAACCGGUCGCCAGAGCUGUCUAGCGACACCUGCACUCGCUAUGGCAUGGCCAGCUGCCACCUGAGUGCUAACCGGAGUCUGCUAGCCAGUGCUGAUGCUGUGGUCUUCCACCAUCGUGAGCUGCAGACCCGGCACUCUCGCCUGCCCCUGGACCAGAGGCCGCACGGACAGCCUUGGGUCUGGGCCACCAUGGAAUCACCCAGUAAUACCCAUGGUCUCCGUCACUUCCGGGGCAUCUUCAACUGGGUGCUGAGCUAUCGGCGUGAUUCAGAUAUCUUUGUACCCUAUGGUCGCUUAGAGCCCUUCUCUGGGCCUACGCCCCCACUACCAGCCAAAAGCAGGAUGGCUGCCUGGGUGGUCAGCAAUUUCCAGGAGCGGCAGCAGCGGGCAAAGCUGUACCGGCAGCUGGCCCCUCAUCUGAAGGUGGAUGUGUUCGGUCGCGCCAGUGGACGGCCCCUGUGCCCUAACUGUCUGCUGCCCACUGUGGCCCGGUACCGCUUCUACCUGUCCUUUGAGAACUCACAGCACCGGGACUACAUCACCGAGAAGUUCUGGCGCAAUGCACUGGCCGCUGGCGCUGUGCCUGUGGUGCUGGGACCUCCUCGGACUACCUACGAGGCUUUCGUGCCACCAGAUGCCUUUAUACACGUAGAUGACUUCAGCUCUGCCCGUGAACUAGCUGUCUUCCUUGUCAGCAUGAAUGAGAGUCGCUAUCGUGGCUUCUUUGCUUGGCGAGACCGGCUCCGUGUGCGGCUCCUGAAUGACUGGAGGGAGCGCUUCUGCACCAUCUGCGCCCGCUACCCUUACUUGCCCCGCAGCCAGGUCUAUGAAGACCUGGAAAGCUGGUUCCAAGCUUGAACUCCUGCUGCUGGGAGAGGCUGUGUGCGUGGAAGACUGAUGAUGAAAUGGAAGGGCUUUUGGGUCACCAUGGGACUAACCCUAGGCUUAGGUCAGUGAAUAGGAAGUCAGGAUAUGAGGAGAAGGCUGGGCUGAGAAGCCAUAUGGAUGAGGACUCUGGUGGGCUUUAGAGUAGGGACCCAGGGAAGGAGACAAUUAAUGAGGAGCGUGUGGGAAAAGCUAGUCAAACGGGGAAAGUGGCUGAGGGUCCUGGACUUACCUUGAGUAUGCUCAUGGCUCAAGGCUCAGGUGAAAAGGGGAGGCAGUGUCUCUGGAGCUGGGAGCAUCCAAAGCUGGGAUUUGUGGGGACAAACAUGGUGCCCUGAACCUCCACAAUCAAGGUGCUUAGCCUCAGGGAUACAGGUGUGUGUUCCAGAACUCCACAUGCAAACUGUAUGCUGAGCCCAGGGGUUGUGGGAGAAGGAUGGUGUGGAUGAUUCUGGGCCUUUGACACCACAGUUCCCUGAGGGAAAGAGGCACCACUAAUAAUAAAAUUAUUCACUUGUAA